CCUCGGGAUUGUUCGCAAGUAUCCGAAGCGCCUUAAUCGUCAUCUCGGCUAAAGAAGGAUCGCCGGUGUCGUUCGUGUUCCGGUCGACAUCGAAGUCCAUGUGAGAAUAGGCGAAGAGACCUGCGACGAGGAAAAAAAAAAGAGUGAGAACGAGCGGCGGCAAAACGCGGAUCGUGAAAUCGUUACGAGAUAUCCGGAGGGGACAUAUGGAGGCGGACAUUGCAGGGUGCAUCACGAAGCGGAAGCAGCUAGAUGUUUCACUACCGGACACGUCCCAGCAAUGGAGCGUCCCGGACGGAUGGCCGUUCAGCAAAGCAAAUUCACGCAGGCACUCGAUCGAUGUCCAAAAGCCCGUGGAAAUCGAUCUCGACCCGUUGGCCGAGGAAUACAACAUGAACCAUAAGAGAAGAGGAGUAGCACUUAUACUGAACCAUGUUCGCUUCGAGAGCAUGAACACGAGGCUGGGCUCCGUAAAGGAUUCCCUAGAUCUGAAGGCAUCAUUAAGCAGGCUCGGAUUCGACGUUCGGAUUUACACCGAUCCAACAGUCAAAGUCAUAACCGCGACUUUACAGUCGACCGCUGCGGAAGACCACACGGAUGCCGACUGCCUGAUCGUGGUCGCAAUGUCACACGGCGAGUCGGGUCUACUACAUUCAACCGAUAGUCUGUAUCCAGUCGAUAUGCUGUGGACACCCUUCACCGGCGAUCGAUGCUCCACUUUGGCCGGGAAACCAAAGUUGUUCUUCAUUCAGGCUUGCCGCGGGUCGCAACUGGACAAAGGGGUGAAAAUUAUUCAUGAGACGGACAGCAAGAAGACCACGUACAGCAUACCCGCCUAUGCGGAUAUCAUGGUUGCGUAUUCUACUUAUGACGGUUUUUUCUCCUGGCGUAACCCGGACGUGGGCUCCUGGUUCAUACAAGCGCUCUGCGAGGAACUGGAUCUUCAUGGACGUAAACACGAUCUACUCAGCCUAAUGACCUCCGUGAACCGUCGCGUCGCCAUCGAGUAUCAAUCGUACGUACCGCAGAACGAGAAAUUUCACGGAAAGAAGCAGAUCCCGUCGAUUGUGUCGAUGUUGACCCGGCUCGUGUAUUUUUCCGAUAAGUGUGCAUCGAUACCGGACGAUCCCGACGACGACGUAUCGGGAGGAAGGAAGUCACAGGUUUGCGAAAAAAGAACGUAAAGCACGAAGGAACGUUCGCGUUUCUCGAAAGCGAGGAAGAAUGAUGGAUUCUCCGUCAGAAACUGACAAAUUGAUUUCAAUUAUUUCCAUGCAUCAAAUUUGAAAAAUGAUCGUACAUCUCCGAGUGACUCAUCAAAUACGUUUAUAUCUUCCUGCGAUCAAGCAUAUAUAUAGUCGAAAUUUUGCUCCUAUUUUCAAUCUCAUUUUUUUCACGCUUAUGACUUUUACAAGAUUUCGAUAUGUUGCAUUUUUAUAGAAAUUAUAAUCUUCUAUUUUUACCUCAAAUAAGUAACAGACAACAAUUUCGAAGAUGGAGAAUUAAAAGAAAAGCUCGGCCAGCAAAGCAUGAAUUAAAUAAUUUCAAAAGAAAGAAAUCUGAUUAUUUAAGGAAGUUUAGAUACAUUAAAAAUUGAGAUCGAAAGUAGGAGAAAAAUUUCAACGAUAUGAUAUGUUUAAAGAAAUAAAUUAUCCAUUUAGAUAAAAGAGAUACAGAUUUGUAAGGGUGUUUUUAAGUGUAUCACUUCAUCCUUAUUGAUUGUCGAAUGUAAACAAGGAUGAUUCAUUGUAUCCUCCGUGUCGCUUACUGAAAAACCUAACUUUCUAUUGUUAUUUUAUUCAGGCAAGAUAAAACAGCGAAUAUAUUGAGACAUCUAUACUGCCAUUAUAUUUAAAUACUGUUCAUUGAGAUUAUCUCUUGUUUGAAAUACGAAGUUUGAUUUUAAAAUUGGUUAUUAGUAACAUAUCUAUUUAAUAUUUAAUAUUAUCAAUGUACAUUGUUAGAGAAUAUUCUACCUAUUACAACUGUUAUCAUUAAACCAAAAUAGCAAACCAAACAGAAAUAUAUUAUAGGAUUGUCUAAUAUCUGGAAAAUGCUUAUUUAGUGCUCUGUGCGUUUAUUGUACAAUUGAUUUGGUAAAUAAAUUAUGCAAUAUCACGUAAAGAGCAUAAUGUUGAUAAUGUUUGGCAGAGAAAAAUAAAUCAUCAACACGUUAAGCGAUACGCCACAAAUUAUUGUCAUAAUUAGAUUCACUGUACUAUUCCGAAUUAAUAUGUUAAUUACAUCUGGGCUUCUGGGAGCGAUAAAGGCUGUUAUCAUAAUAACCAAGAAUAAUAAUAAUUGACGUUCUGCCCAGUUUCACUAAAUUCGCUCCGAUUAUGUAUCGACUAUAACCGGAUAAAAUAAUAAACAAAUUUCGUUCUAGUACGAGAUAAUGAUUGAAGUUUUCCAAAUUAAUUUACACAUUCGUUGCAACGUCUCUAAAUUUUCUGUAAGACGGAUUACACGAGAGGAAAAUUUCUCGAAACCGUCCUGAACAUAACAACGCUGAACGGGAGCCUCGAGAGUUUAUUAAGAGAAAUCAGCGAAGAUUAAUUAUAUCUCCAUACCGGCGGUGCAUCAACGGUAGAUCCAUUAAACGCAAUGCGUGCGAUUGCGAUGGUAUGUUCAACGUUGGAUUAGAUAUGUGUGGUCAAAGGAAUUAGACGCACGUAUAGACUACGUAUAUGCUAUUAACCUUUGUCUUAGAAGUGGAGAAUCCACGAAUUAUGCCGUUAACUGGAUGCGAAUUAUCGCGAACUGCAAUCUCCUUCGCAUGCACGAAUAGAUCGAUCUACAACGAUAAUGCAGACAACUUCUAUUGCGGAAAUCGCGGCUUAAUCGCGUUGUUACACAUGUCUAACGCCGUAAACGCUUAAAUAAAAAUCACAAGUAAGAAUGAGUAUAAAUGGCCGUGCAUAAGUAUACGAAACAUAUCGUGAUUUUUUUUUAUCAAAUUGAAACAU